UGAGUUCCAUUUUUCAUAGGUACUUAAUAAUUAAAAGGGAGAGAGGAAACUUGUAGGAAUGUUAUAAAAAGCUAACCCUUUUUCUGAAAGAGAGGCGGGCUCUUUUUUCAAUUUGGCUAUGCAGGUACUGGAAUUAUCUCCCUUCAUUAAUGAGACGUUGAAGGAAAAACCCAGUAAAGAAACUGAAUUAAUACCAAAUGAAUGUGACAUCAUGGUGGACUUACUGAUACCUUUAAGCCUCCUGCCUUUUCUAUGGCUUUAAAGCAAAAAUCCGGCACUAGAGAAAGAGAACUCUUUCUGUGAAACUUGUUCAGGCUCACACAGGUGCAUCAAGAAUCAAAGGACUCGGGUUCAAGUCCUGCUGGAUGACAGAACCUAGGCUAGUCAUUUCACUUCCCUGAGCUUCAGUUUCCUCAUCUGUAAAAAUGAGUGGAUGGGCCUGGUGGGCCUGGAUGGUCUCUGAAGAGGCCCCUUCUAACUCUACCUCUAGGAAUCUCAGGAAUCCUCCAAACCACCCUGCUCCCAUCGAGGACCCUCGCAGCAGAUGGGCUUCCAGCCGGAUCCCGGCAUCCCCCGCAGCGGCGCCAUCACGUGACGCCUCCUAAACCGCGGGGAGCCCCCCCCUGGCAACGAACCUCUGAAGGCCCGGGAGGGGCGGGGGGGGGGGGAGGGAGGAGCUGGGCCGAGGAAGGGAGAGAGGGAAGGAGGGAGGGAGGGGAGGGGCUUCCUUUCGCCCGCCCUGGAAGAGCGCACGGGGAGCGGCCCGGGCUGCCCUAGCUCUCGGUCCCGGCGGCGGGGGGAGGGGGGGGGCGCGAUGCCGCGGGCCCAGCUAGAAGCUGCGGAGAGAUCGCUGAGGUGACCAUGGAGGUGAGUGGUCUUCCACUAGAGCUAUGGCGUCUGAUCUUAGCCUACCUGCGACUUCCCGACCUUGGCCGUUGUAGCCUCGUGUGCAAAGCCUGGUAUGAACUCAUUCUCAGCCUGGACAGCACCAGGUGGCGCCAGUUGUGCCUGAGAUGUGUUGAGUGCCGACAUCCCAAUUGGCCCAAUCAGCCUGAUGUGGAGCCUCGGUCUUGGAGAGAAGCAUUCAAACAACACUACUUGGCCGCCAAGACAUGGACCAAAAAUGCCCAGGAACUGGAGUCUUCUAACUGUUUUUACCUCUUCCGAAGAAGAAAGGACCGGCGGGUUCUCUAUGUUGGACCUGGUUGUGAAUUUGACAACCUUGGCAGUGCCUUGACCUCGGCCAACAUCUAUGAUAAGAUUGUGCUCUUCCCAGGCAUCUAUGAGGAACAGGGCGAAAUUAUCCUGAAUGUUCCUGUGGAGAUCAUGGGCCAAGGGAAGCUUGGGGAUGUGGCUCUGCUGGUCUGUGUGGAUCAGCACUGUGCCACAACACGGCUCUGCAACCUUGUCUUCAUGCCAGUCUGGUUCAGCCCUGUCAUGUACAAGGUAUCUUCGGGCCAUGUCCAAUUUGAUAACUGCAACUUUGAGAAUGGGCAAUUGCAAAUUCAUGCUCCUGGAACCUGCCAAGUUAAAUUUUGUACCUUUAAUCAAGCCAGCAUCAGUCUUCAUAGUGUAGCCCUUUGUGUCCUUGAAAACUGUGAAUUUGUUGGGAGUGAAAUUGCCUCUGUGACUGUUGAAGGGCAUCCAUCCUCUGAUAGGAAUUGGGCCUACAAGCACCUUAUGGGACUGGCCAGGUCCUCUUCUGCUUUAUCAGCUACCCAAGAUUCAGCACCUUUGAACCCCUCAAACCAAGAAACCUUCGGGCAUCUGCCCAUAAGAAACCCAAGGACCUGCGAGGUUGUUAUAGGUGAAAGCCAGAGCAACUUCAUUCCAGCUUCAAAAUCCCCACGAGCAUGUGAAAAAGACUUUAAGAAGGAGAAUGCAAUGAAUAGUGAACUCUGCCCUGCCAGGGAUGGGCAGAGGACUGCCCACGAUGCUGACUCCAAUGACAGUGACCAUAGCUCCAGCAGCGAAAAUGAAUCUGAAGACCAGUUCUUGUUCAAAUUCUCCCACCAGCUACCCAGUUUGGCCAAAUCUCUCCUCUGCAGGCCACAAACCAAUGGACUGACCAACCUCCAGAAAGGCCUGGAACUGAAAACCCUGCAGCAGGAGCUUCAGAGAGACAGUGAGGCUCAGUCUCUCGCCUGCUUCUUGCAGGGCUGCCUCAUUAGGAAGUGCCUUUUCAGAGAUGGGAAAGGGGGGGUCUUUGUCUGCUCUCAGGGCCGUGCCAAGAUGGAAGGGAACGUCUUCAGGGACCUGGUGUAUGCUGUCCGGUGUGUGCAGAAUAGCAAGAUCAUCAUGCUAAAGAAUGAUAUUUACCAUUGUAAAGCAUCAGGAAUAUUUUUGCGACUGGAAGCAGGAGGCUUGAUUGCUGACAAUAACAUUUAUUCCAACUCGGAGGCUGGUGUGGAUAUCCGAAAGGGAGCCAACCCAUUCAUACUGUGUAAUAAGAUACACAGUGGCCUUCGUUCAGGCAUUGUCGUCCUUGGCAACGGAAAAGGCAUCAUCCGUAGCAAUCAAAUAUAUGGAAAUAAAGAAGCUGGCAUUUAUAUUUUGUAUAAUGGAAAUCCCAUUGUGAGUGGAAAUCACAUUUUCCAAGGUCUUGCUGCUGGCAUAGCAGUGAAUGAGAAUGGAAGAGGACAGAUAACAGAAAAUGUGAUCCGUGAAAAUCACUGGGGUGGCGCAGAUAUUCGCCGAGGAGGUGACCCCGUUCUGAGAAGUAACCUCAUCUGCUUUGGCUAUUCAGAUGGUGUGGUUGUAGGAGAACAAGGAAGAGGACUAAUCGAAGGAAAUACUAUAUAUGGUAACAAAGGCUGUGGUAUGUGGAUCAUGUCCUCGAGUCUCCCACACAUCACAAGCAACCAGAUUGCCCAUAACAAUAUCUAUGGGGUUGCUGUGUUUUGUCAGAAGGAUGAUGCUAAUGAUUACCUCAUUAACCAAGGAAACAAUGAAAAUUUCAAUGAUGAAGGUGAAGCUUUCAGCUGGGAAAAUGAACUAGAGAGUGAAGAUGAUCACUUGUCCUCCCGGCGGCCAAUCAGCGUGGCUCUUAUUGAAUCUAACAGUAUUAACCACAACGGAGCUGCCGGCCUCUACGUCAAGAGCAACGAAGCCCUGAACGUCAUGGCCAACGUCAUCCACGCCAACCAGGAGAGCGGGCUGGCCGUGCUGCAGAGCACCCAGCUCACCCGCAUCGCCAACAACAGCAUCUCCUGCAACCACCUCGGCGGGAUCCUGGUGGAGGCCGAGUGCCGGGUGGAGCUCCGUGGAAACGGCAUCUAUGACAACGGCGGCCCCGGAGUGUCCUCCAAAGGGGAGGGGGCCAUCCUGGAGAAUGACAUCAUCGGCAACCGGGGCUGCGGGCUGCAGUUGCUGCAGGCGGCCAACAUGAAGAUCACCAAAAACAGAAUCCACUCCUCGCGGGACUACGGCAUCGUCAUGCUGGACCAGGUCAGAGGCCAGGUGCAGGAGAACACCAUCUUCCAAGGGAGGACCAGGAAGACCAUUUUGCAGCAGGUCUCCAGGCUCGAGGACUGCCUGGUUCAGAACAACAAGCUUCUGGCUUUCAGGAAGUCUGACAUCCCUUGGAAGCUGGAGAAUCCCCCUGCAAGGCCUCAGAUUGAAGACACAAGAAGCAUCUCUACAGCCCACAACAGCCAGAAGGUGGCAACCGUCACGACCAGGAUUGGUACCCGAGUGGAAGGCAGCUGCCCCAGCAGCCGCAGCAUCUUCUGCACCCUCCUGUGACUGUCAGGAGGCCACUCGGUAACGUGGGGGUUCACUGAAGUUUGGGGGAAGCUUGUUGUCAACCCCCCAUCUGGCUCUGUGGGGAGACCCGAGUGCCCAGCAAGUCCAAGACUGCGAGGCUUUCUGGGCACUGAAGAGUCCCUGAAGGAACUCCAAGGCAUAGUUGUUGUUUUUUCCCUUUCAGAAGCUGGUUCUGGGUUUAGCCCAGGAAAUCGAUUUAGUGAUUCUUGGAGGAGGAGGAAGUUGGUGGGUUUCCAGUUACUGAGACUGUAGGCAGAUGUGAAAAUGCAAGGGCAGAACCAGCCAGGAAGGAGGGCUUAACGAAAAGUGCUUUGAAGAAGCACCGCUUCAAGUCAAGACUCGAGCUGUCGUCCAUCCAGCCCAGGCCCCGACGCUGGCCCUCCCCCAGAAAGUGAGCUUUGGGCCAGAUCUCUGCUGAGCCCUCAAGCCUAGAAUCACGCAGAGGCUCUUGUUAAAGGAAGGUCUGGGCCAGGCGCUCUCCAAAGACACCUCCUCGUCUGUUUGCUGGGGACGAGCCACCUUUGGGACUCGGGCCCAGGCCUGGCCCCGAGCUUGGUCUCCUAGCACCAGCCACUUCUCAGGAAGAUCACCAUCCCCAGGGGACACGGCCUGACUGCCAGGCCCCGGGGACGAGAAGAGCCUGUGCCGCAGCCCCUGCUGCUCAGACUGCACGGGGGGUCACCACAGCAGAAGAGCUGACACGAGAUCCGCUCUCUGGGCCUCCCCCGGUGAGCAGCUCUGACGGGUCCACACCCGCUGUCCGAGGACAGGCCCCAGCCACGGGGGCACAGGCUUUAUGACCAGAAGACUGACCACUAGCCAGCUACAUUUUUUGGCACCUGUGACUUUUUUCACCCACACACAGAGCCAGGAUCCAUUCUUACAAACUCAAUAAAAAUGCAGCUUAGACAAUCAGACCCGAGCAGGUGAGGAAAUCGCACUCUGCUCCUUCCAUCCCGGAGGACUGUGCUAAAAGGUGUUGUGUCUGGGGGUUAGAGCCCUGUAAACCGGAAGCCCCAGGCCCUGAGGAGUGGCCAAAUAGGGCCACCCAUGGCAGAUGAGAGGGGCUUCCACAGAGACCCCGGGGCUCCCAGCUGGCCCACACCACGGUACCUUCCCAUCCAGCCAGGAGGCACAGUAUGGAGGGAACUGCAUUGUUUACACCCUCCGGGGAGAAGGGGAGGCACCAAGGGGGAUGCCUGGAGAAGAGGAGGAGGCGGGAGAUGUAGGACCAAGCACAGGUCUGCCCCAGCUUGAGGUCACAACAGCGCUAGCCUCUCCUGUGCCCUCGGUCUAGUUUCAUUUCCUUGGUAGACAUGUUCCACAUGGGACUGACAAGGCCCCCUUUUAAGAUGUACCAUGUGCAGCAUUUCCUAUUUUUAAAGAAAAAUCAUUUUUAUGUGAAAAUAUGAUGAAAUGACAUAAUGGAAAAAUAAAGUGGUAUAUUUUUUAAAAUAAA